UGCGCAAUUUUUAUACUUCCGUUGCCAUGGGAUUGUAUACAUGAUGGCGGCAAAAGUAGCCGAAUCCUACUGUCAAAGAUGCUACUAUCUGUCAUUGUGGCAUUAAGAAUAUGGCCACUGAAUCUGUCUUGCCAAAGACAACUUCUGAAUUCUUAUAUGCAAAUGGAAAGAGCAACAUUUGGUUGGUGGAGAAAUCGUCAACUUCACUGAUAGAGUUGAAGCUCCAUUCACAGAGUCAAGAUAUUUUGUCCUUGUCGUCGGACACACCUUCUCACGGGGCACCUAGUCAACACAAAAACGACGCAGGCGAUUCAGCAAGUCUAUUUCCAGCAAUAUUUGACAUAAAGAAAUCUAGCAAGAGCAAGGGAAGCUCGUUUGGUCUGCUGUCAGAUGGAUUUUACAACGACAAAGAUGAGUGUUUAGCAAAUGUUCGACCGGGUAGUGCAGUGUCGAAUGAGAUGUCAUCCAGUUUUAAGUCUCAGAAAGAAUCAGAGGAAGGCAGACACAGUGGCAAAGAUCUUACAUCAAAAUCACAUAAAUCUGUGAAGAAGAAAACAGGAAAAUCAAGAAAGAAAUCACAAGCCUCCCCAGUGCUAAAAAAGUCUCAAACCACCCUUCAUCUUUCGCAGUCACCCAAGUUAACUGAUGGUGCUUCAAAAAUCCGGUUUCGAAUCUCUGCUCAGGAAACAGCCGAUCUCAAUGUCCUCUCAGCACAGUGUAGGGCAGUUAAAAUGCAUGAACACACUGAAUCCAAAAUGAAACUUUCAUUUGUACAUAAUUCAUUUCAUUCAAAGGAACUGGGUAAUUUAACUAAACCAUCACUCAUUACCAAAACAUACACAGUGUCUAAAUCUAUGAAUCAAAUGCCAAGAUCUCAGAAUUUUAAGGGAGACAACAGAACCAAAUCUUGCUCAAGUACAUCUCCUUCACCGAUACAGCUAACCCGCAGGUCGCUAGCUCAAGCCGAGAAUGUGUACCUACAACGUGUGACUAAAGUUUACCUGUCAGAGAAACAUUCAGGUGUGAUAAAAGAUGAGGGUCUUGAAAUGCCUUGUGCCCCACCUGCCACGCCCACUCCAGAACAGCUGAGACGCUACGAGUACGUCCCAAGUUUAACUGAUAUCAGAUCCCAGCGUGCUGUACGACAGAAGCUGCAGGUGAUGGAGAAAAAGGAACAUCAGAAAGAAGAAAAGAAGAGGGAAGAACAGGCCAAGAUAGACAAGAUGAUGCAGAAAGAUAAGGAGAGUGAACUGCGACGUCGACAGAGGCAGGAGAUUUAUGCCUUGAACAAGAUCAUGACAGAGUUGGAGCACAAACGUUUUGUGGAGUUCUGUCUGGCAAGGGGGUUUAACUCCUGAUGGGAGUUUACAGCUUUGAGUAUACAGCUGGUUGUUACAGCUUUUACAGUAUUUACCAUUGACAGGAAGGUAUAGGCAAGCUACAAAUGUUUUGUCCAGCUUUGCUAUGAACACCGUUUAUGUUGUUUUCCCCAUGACGUUUUUCAUUUAGUUCAAUGUUGAGGGCAGUUAUGAUUGAGGGAUUUUUGAACUUAUGAAACACCUUUAGGAUUUGUGUUAAGGAUGUAGGCAUAUUGGUCAUGAUAAUGUUCAAGUUGUUACAGACAAAUUCCAGUCGUUUUCCUGAAGUUGGUUAUCUCAAGGUAUGUCCAAACAGUGUUCAAAAUUAAGCAUGAGUCAAGAGAUCAUUGUCAUAAGUCGUUAAUUUUUUGUUUGGUGGUGUCGCUGGCUUUAAACGAUAUGCAUAGGGGAUCCAGAGAUAUGGGUCCCCCUCCUUUUGAAAACCAAAUGUUGUAUGUUGAAGGCAGGAACAUUAUUUGAGAGAGGAUUUUGACAUUUUGGAACCCUACCUUUUGAAAAUGCUGGAUCCGAUCUUGAUAUUGGAGCAAGACUCAAGGACCCCAAGAAUCCACUUAAUGAUCAACACUGCCAAAGAUAUCUAAAAGCUCUGGUAAAAUCUUACUCUUAUCGUAUCUUCCACUAGGAGAUGUUGAGAUUCUGAAAUACUGAGAUACUGAUUGUGUACCGAGAUACAUGAAUACAGUGAUAAUGACAAUAUUGAGAUCAAGACAUGAAUGAGGUAUUAUCAUUAUGAGACCUUAUGCAUUGCUCUUUUAGAAGUUGAAUCUUUUUUUGAAUGUUUUUCGUUCAUUGUAUCAUGUUAUUUACAUUUUUAAUACAUUUUAUAUCCGAAUAUCAGAACUAAGUAAGACAGAAUACAAUUUUUACACUACGCUUCAUAGUCAUAUAUUUUAGAAAUGUUUUACUCAAGUCUGUUCACAUUCUUAAUCAUGUUCUAAUUGAUAACUGAAAAUAUUUUCUGUUACAAUAUGUAUUAUACACUGGAGAUAAUGUUACAAUCUGUGAUAUAUUUUUAAGAUCUUUAUAUGUGCAGUUUCUUUCAAACACUGCUGUUACUUCACAGUAUUAUGGUAAUCUGAUACUGAGUUUAGUUUUACUGUGUUCUGCGGGUAUUAUAUGUAGAUCCCUCCUACCAGAUGUUACGGUAGAGUGUAGGCUAUGAGGUGGUUUAAUGAGGGUGUUUUCAAAACAAGCAUGGAAAUAUUUGGGAGUGAUAAUGUUCUAGUUGAUGGCCACUUUCCUGGUUUGAUUGUGUCCUGCUGGGUCUGGCUGUCCUCCACGUAAUACUUGACUCAAAAUACCCACCGAGCUCUGUGAGAUGGAAGAAUCUCCAACAGCCUGGUGUAUUGCAGGGAUAUCAUGAUUCGCCGAUUUAGCCUUCCGACAUAUGGAUAAAUGUUUUUGUUCUGUAUAAGUUAACCAAACACACAAUUUCCAAUACCGUAUUCGAUGUAAUAAGUGCCCAGCUCAGAUAAAUGAAAUGUAAAUGUUAUUGACUUGAAUUGACAUUUAACAGGUAACAUAAAACCUGCCGCCGACUGCAAAUAUUUUCCGCUAUUUAUUAAAUAUACCAACAUUGUUAACUGAAUCUCUGUGUAUAUAUUUCAAGGAACACUGGUGUGAGGGAAGUGUUUAGACAGGUUAAUGUUGCAGGUAGCGUGUUCGCUUGAUGUGAACUUGGUCUGGGUUUAGUUCCUGUUGUCUAUAUAUAUAUUCCUCAGGGAACCCUUGCUGUGAUAUGGUUGCAAAGUAACCACAGAUCCAUCUCACUCCAUUACAGGGUAGAGUCCGUUUGUACACAGAUCUACAUGCCAGGAACCAGGUUCACAAACUGAUCUUAGUGCUACGACUAUCGUAACGGCUAUACUUAACCUUAUAAGUUGUAGCAGGAUCACAAGGGGUACAUGGGGUUUGAUGCAUCCCGUGUUAUGUUGUAUACCACGAAUCUAACGAAGGACACAUAAACCUAACGAGGGAAGCAUCAAAUCCCAUGUACCCCGAGUCAUCCUGAGGCAAUGAAUUUAUCUUACCGACAUUAAAAGAAUUUAAGCAAAUUUAAAAUAGAUAGAAAACAGCUGUUCGAUUGAGCUGAGGUUCACUUGUGAUAUGUCACAUGACUUGCACCCAUGCUUGCCGUAAAAGGCGACUAUCGGGAUCGGGUGGUCAGGCUCGCUGACUUGG